UAAGUACCUAUAAUAUAUUAUGUUAACUUUUUGUGUUUAAAUUGGUGCCACUUUGAUAUAUUGUUGCGGCAAAACAUAAACUGUUAAAGAAGCAUCCUAUAAUCGAAUUAUAUGCAUGAUUUCUGAAGCUUGUAAUGUCGGACGAGACACUUGAUUCUUGUUGAAUAAGUUCAAGGAAUAUACAUUAUACACCAAAAUAAUUAUAAGUCAAAAUGGAAGAAAUUAAUGGGGAGCUUUAUGGGGAUGGUUUAGUAAGUCUAGGAGAUGAAGGUUCCUUGGAGUCCACUGAUAAUGGCAAUAAAGAGCAAAAUUGCAAAAUCUGCGAUGACAAACUGUGCAGUCCUCGAGUGUUGUCUUGCCUUCAUGUGUUCUGUGAAGCCUGCAUUGACAAGUUGAUGGUGAAUGAGGCAGGAGAUUCUCUCAAAUAUGAUUUGGCUGUCGAGUGCCCUCUGUGCAAACAAGAAACUAAGAUCCCAGGUGGUGGAGCUGUAUCUCUUCCUUCUGACUAUCUUAUCACCAACAUCUUGGAUGUAUCUGCUAUGGAUCAGUCCGUUGUUUGCACUUGCUGUAAGAGCAAGGAACCUGCUGUUGCCAGAUGCACUGAUUGCUCUCAUUUUCUUUGCUCUAACUGUAAUUCGGCACAUGAAUUUAUGAGGUGCUUUGAAAACCACCGAGUUGUUCCAUUUGAUGCCCUUAGAUCAUCCAAGGAGAAGACGGCUGUACACAAGCCUAUAUUUUGCACUCGUCACGUUGGAGAAAGCCUGAAAUUCUACUGUUGCGAGUGUGAAGUCGGCGCUUGCACUGAAUGUUUGACCGUCGAUCACAAAGUGGGCGAGCACCGUUGUGAGCGGAUCGUUGAUGCCGAACCUAACCUGCGUGCCGAACUCCGCAACUUUAUCGUUGAAGCCAACACCCGCGCGGCCGCCGCCGGCAGUGCUUCUGCCAGGCUCGAUGAUGCCCUUGGAGAUUUACAGCGUCAGCGCGAUGAAGCCGAGAGCGUUAUCAACGAAGCUUUUCAUGCUUACAAAGCCGCUUUGGAAAGACGCCGCGAGAAGGCUCUAGAAGAACUCGAGCGCUUGCAUAAGGAGAGGGAGCUGAAAGUGAUGGAUUUGUUCGAUCGCGUUGAUAAAACUGUUCAGCGUAUCGAUUGCGCGUGCCAAUUCGCUGCGAGGCUUUUACGUCGCGGGGAUGGCACCGAAAUCGUCAUGUUGAAGAAAACUGUCGCGUCACAGUUUGCGCGUCUACUCGAAGGAGCGCCCGAGUUCGAUGUGGAUUAUUCUUUGGAGUUCGUCACUAAAGUGGAAAAAUUUGAUGCCAUAACCGAGGAAACGUUCGGCACAUUCCGUACUGAGGCAACUCGCGCCGAGGAGCGUAAGCGUGCGAGUGAAUCUUCUGCUAUUGUCUCUAUAGCCUCGAAUUCUCACUCGCCGGCUGUGUCCGUUACUAACGCGCCCGUAUUCGACGAUUUCCCGCUGGCUAACGUUCGCCGCGUCACCGGAGUGACUGGAGUUGGCACCAUGGUUGGAGUUCCUGGUGUGGGCGGUGUGCCCGCUAUUGGGGUAGCAGGAGUGGGAGCCGUGCCGGGAGUGGGAGCCGUUACUAACCCUAGCGUGAUCCCAGGAGUUGUGAAUGUCAAUAAUGUGGCAGGAGUGGGGGGCGUCACCGGCGUGCCCGCUUUGCCGUCUAUGGUGGAAUAUAAUCUGCAACAGCUGGCCAGUAUUGCCGAAAAGGAUGUGCCCCCUCCACCUCAUGCGUCGCCUGCUCCGUCUUUCACCCUUGCUGAACUGCUGGCUGGAGAUCUAAACUCGCCGCAGGCGUACAACAAUCUGCAGGCACUCGCCAAGCUUGGACUUAACACAGAAGUGAAUGGCUUCGGAGGCGUAGGUGGUAUUGGCGGUGUAGGGCCCCGCGGAGUGUCCCCCGGCAGGCCUUUGUUGACCGCCGCCGAGGAGGCUGCCCUUGUGGCCCCCCCAGCGCCCUUAGUCCGCGCCACUAAGGCUACUCCGAUGCAUAUCCGAUUCAAGUUCGGGCAACUUGGUGGCGGCAAAGGCCAAUUCAACUCUCCCCAUGGCUUCUGCUUGGGCAACGAUGAGGACAUUAUCGUUGCUGAUACCAACAAUCAUCGCAUCACGGUGUUUGAUAAGUCUGGAAACUACAAAUUCAAUUUCGGAGUGGCAGGAAAAGAAGAAGGGCAACUGUGGUAUCCGCGCAAAGUGGCCGUAGUCCGCGCUACCGGCAAGUUUGUUGUGUGCGAUCGCGGCAACGAGAGGUCUCGCAUGCAAAUAUUUACCAAAAAUGGACAUUUCCUGAAGAAGAUUGCCGUGCGCUUCAUUGAUAUCGUCGCUGGCUUGGCCGUAACCGCCGAAGGUCUAAUCGUAGCCGUGGACAGCGUGACUCCAACCGUUUUCAUACUGUCCGAGGAAGGAGACCUCAUGAGCUGGUUCGAUUGUAGCGAGUGCAUGAGGGAGCCGUCCGAUAUCGCUAUCAGCGGCAAGGAAUUCUACGUUUGCGAUUUCAAGGGACACUGCGUCGUUGUGUUCGACGACGAGGGUCGUUUCCUGCGCCGCAUCGGUUGCGAGAACGUGACAAACUUCCCGAACGGUAUCGAUGUGUCGGACGCGGGCGACGUGCUUAUCGGCGACUCGCAUGGCAACAAGUUUCACGUCGCCGUGUUUUCCCGUGACGGCGUCCUUGUCACCGAAUUCGAGUGCCCGUAUGUGAAGGUAUCUCGCUGCUGUGGAUUGAAGAUAACCUCUGAAGGUUACAUCGUCACUCUGGCUAAGAAUAAUCAUCAUGUUCUAGUCCUCAACACCCUUUACAUUGUCUGAGGAGUAACUCGAUGGCUGUAAGUCUGCAUACUACAAGAUCUCACAUUUAUUCCCUAUAUUUUAUAUUUAAUUGCUGUUUUUACAAAGCUUAACAUUUUUUGCUAAACCAGUAUUUGACUACUUAUUUCGUUAUUUUAUGUUAAAUUUCACGUUAGUCUGAUUUUAACGAUACUUUAACUUUCUGUCCAUGUGCAGUGAUGAGUUAGUUAUCUCAACAAUUACUAUGCUUCAUGUUUUUUGUUUUGUGGCAUUUUAGAGUAAUCACUGCUUGUGGAUAGAUCUUAUAAGUCAUUAUUUCCAAAGUACUGAAUACUUGUGUAUUUUUUGGUUUGUUCAUCUUCAUUUUAUAUGGUUGCAUUUAGUUAUAGUAAUGGAAAAUCCAAAGUUUAGUGUAGUAUUAUUCAACGUUUGUUUAUACAUACUAACUGUCCAGCCAAUCUCGUCGAAAUGAUUAAUUUGGUUUGUGUGAGUCUUAAAAUGUCUAGUCCUGAAAUAUUAUAUUUGACAUACUCCCAACAGUCGUAUAUUUGGUGUUUUGAUGGCUUAACCAAAGCGCGUUAAAUAAGCUAUCGCGUGAGAGUGGCCAUUUAAAAGGAGUGCUUAAUGUUAUACAAAUAUCGAAUACUUAAGACGAAACUCGCAUUACCAAAAUAAAUACACAAUAAACCAUUGACUGGACUGUUACAAUUCAUUUCUAAAUUAGCAGCUGGUAUGGUUCCUAGUUCGAGUGAAGUUAAACAUGUCAAUUAGGGGACUGCGUGGGAGUGUCGCCUCAAACCAAACAUUAGUUUCAAAAUAUCCACCCAAAUACGUACUUUUUAAAUUGAACUUAAUGAUCAGAGAUUCGCUUGAACAAAUAUUAACGCACAAUUGAGUUUAUAGACAAAAUUUUAGUAUUAUGACCAAAGGAGGCGACACUAUUAUAACGUGCCAUCUAGUUUAGGUUAAUCUCGUAUACAAUAUUAUAUAUUGUCCGUUAAAAUAUAUUUACCAUUUACAGAAUUCUUGUGUCUAUACAAAAUGUUUUCAUGUACUCUUGUUUUGAGAGCCUAUUACAUAUUUGAAAGUUUUUUCAUAAGUAGGCGUUAUGAUAUACAUAUUAUUAAAACUUGGUUCAUUAUAAAUUUAACUUGGUGAACCUCAGAGCUGUAUUAUUGAAUAGCCGCUUUAAAUUAACUUUGCAAUAAUUUGUACAAUGUAAUAUUGAUAGUUAAAACGAAGUAUUUAUACUAUAUAUCACACAUUUUAGAAUACAUAGCAAGUGAUGUUUUAAGUAUGUAUGUGAGUGCCGAUUGUAAAAUUUAAUUUUUAGACUAGUUUAUGUUGAACAUACGUUUUGAUUGAUUUUAACAUAAAACAUGUCACAACCCCUGUCACAAAAUGCGAACAGGAUUGAAAACAUUUAUUAUUUUUGUCUACGAAGUUGCUGGUCUUUAAGAGCUUUAAUACAACUAUUACGUACCCACCGCCGUCUAAAACGACACACUCCUUUAUCUGACAAUAAAUUGCACAUCGCUUCGCUAUGUAUUAGAAAAUGUUAUGUUUGCAUUUUUUUUAAAUAGUUAUGUGGUCGAUAUUCGUAUACAGUUCGCCAAAUAUAUGUAUAUUUUUAUAACUACCCACAUUUAUAAUAUAUUCAAAAUUAAGAAUAAUAGUUUUUUAGAUAUAGAUACAAUUAGAAAUUUGCGGUUCACAAAAUGCCACAUUAUAUUUAGAUUUUCACUUUACCAACAGCUUUGUCCCUCUAAUAAAAAUUAUAUCACUUAGAGGGAACUGUGACACUUGGCAAGUAGAUACUUUGAUAAUAAUAUGGUAAUAAAUAAUAAUGUAAAAUAAUGCACAAGUAAUGGUCACAUACAAUUUCGCCUAUACAAAAAUUUCGCGAAUUCACAGUCUUCCAAGUAAUUAGGCUUUUUUGGAAAUUAUCUAAAGUAAAAGGGGAAGCAUCUAUUCCGAUUAAAUAUGUAUUUUAGUAUUCAAUUACACCCGUUUCAAUGAGUGAUUAAUUAUUACGAGCCAAGAGUGAGCCAACGAAAAGUAUUAUAUUUGUGACAUAUCGGUUCCUUGCGUUGUAAAUGACCAUUAUGAUUUGCAUUUAACAAUGUUUAGUGUUGGUACUUAACCAAAUCACCUAAAAUAAGUGUGAUAUUUUAUUAAUUAAUGCCUUCUUUUAAUUUUUACCUAUAAUUGCUCUCUAAUUUUAAUGAGUACCUAUGGAAAUUCAUUGGGGGUUCGUAAUUAUAUUCUUUAAUAGAAAAUUAACAUUACAAAAAUAAUAUGAACAGUUUAGAUAUCUCUAUUCAAAUAUUGAUAGUGGUUUGUAUUUCGCGAAUAUAAAAAAAAACUAAAUAUUCUGGCACUCUAUUAAAUAAUAUUAAUGAACCAUAUUAUUAUCAUUAAAUAUAAAUAUUAUUAAAAUAGUAAUUCAAAUGUAUGUAUAAUGUUUGUACUUAAUUAGUAAUAGGUAUUUAUUUCAUUGUUGGAACCGUUCUACAAUAUUAUUACAUUAUUAGCAACGUUUGAUGUGAUAUGAGCAAUAAUAGAGAGACAUAAUGAACCAACAAUUUAAGACUAAACAUGACUCAAUAUUUUGAAAGACACAAGUGGAGUCGCGCGGUGCGAUUUGGGGCUAAGGGGAUGUUGGUCGAAGCCAGUGAUAAGUUGACGUUUGAGUCUGAAUCCUCUAUUAAUUAGUGAGUUACUUUUGGGUUUUAUUUUUCAUAUUGUUUUUAAGUUAUUUGUUUCAGGAUUUUUGUCCCGAUAGCAUUAGGGAAUUUUAUUUUCUUUAUUUUAACUAGGUUUAAAAUAACGAGUCUACAUGCCCCUCGCUUAUGAGUAGGUGUGAUUAAUACUCUGAUUUUGUCAUUUUACUGUUUUGUUUAAUUAUAUGUUCCGGGCCUAUAUUUGAAUAGUAUUUUGGCCAGUGUGUUUAGGCCUUUAGAGUUACGAAUUUUACUGCCAAAUUAUUUUCUUACGAUAUUUGUGCAUGCACAUAGUAAUUAUUUUAUUGUAUGAUAUUUGUAAAAAUUAGUUACUAAUUGUUGCCAAUUUUUUUGUUUUAUUAUUAAUAUUCAGGGUUUUAAUAUUAUAAUGUUCAAUUUUAAUUUGUUGUCAUUGAUCAAAAUUAUUGUGUGUUAGUGAAGUAAAAUUAACCGAAAUAGAACUUAUUAUUAUUGCCCCAAAGGGAGCGUUUGACGCUAUUAAUAAAUAUUGCUUUAGGGUUGCAUAAAAAUAUUAAAAAGUGGUGUGAUAAGUUUUGGAUAAUUUUACAAAUUAUACUAUUUUAUGUGUGAAUUCCAAUAUUAAUAAAUUCGAAGUUGAAAUGUCAUAUAAUAUAGUAUGUGUAAUUUCCAAAUAUUUACAAUGACAUUGAUAUUCUGUCUAUAUUUUAAAAGUAUUAUUAUUAUUAUUAUAAUUUAUAUAUUCCCCUGCAUCAAUUGGUGAUAUCUCAUCGACAAUGUUUCCUUUGUUCUUGCCAUGUAUCUUAUGUAGUUGUUGGCGUAGUAGUUUUUUUUUGUAGUGAUUAGAGUUUUCAAUUGAUAUACACUACAUACAGUAUCACAAGUUUGCCUAUAUGGUGAUGUUGUUUAGAGAUGUUUAUUAGCGGUUGGUGCGGGCCGCGGCGGGUAUUCGCCGCGACUGUUGGCUGUAUAUUCUUGCCGUAGCAAGUAAGCACUUUGUCAUGGGAUAAUGGCAGGUCAAAUGGUAUCUAUUGUCCAUUGACAUUACUCGAUAAUAAUUGUAUCAUUAGAGUACAUUACAGUAGCCUUUCUCGAAAAUCUUAAAAGUUACCUAUAUACACUUUAAAGCAAUUUUUUGGUAAAUAUAUUUCUCUUGAAUCUAUAUUCCCUUAUGUAUCCAGCAAUAAAUUACUUCAGUAGUUGUGUAGGAUCACCUUAUUUGGCGCCGAUAGUUGCGAUGUCCUUGGCCCGAUAUAACUUCGUUCUGUGUUAGGACGUUUGAAGAGCCAGAUUGUUAUUGCGAAUGUCAGGAUGUGUGCAGAUUCGGUGCCAGGUAACGUGAUUAUCGUAGGGUUCGCAGCGCACAAGGUGAGCUCUAAUGUUACCCUCCCUAUUGGAGGUGGGCGUAUUGCCUAUGUUGUGGCACCAAGCACAGCUAGAUGGUUCCGGUCGUGUUGUGGCAUAAAAGAUUCGAGUCUUAAUUACUACGGCCCGUAUACUUGACUGUGGGUGGGGAUUAACAACACUUGCUCGUCUGUUUCUCCCGAAUAUGUAUUACUGUUAUAAAAGUUAACUACAGCAUGCUCAAAUGACUGAACAUAACUCGAUUUAUUGAAACCCACCUCACCAGUUUAGUCUCCGCUGUUCUAAAACAACAUAAAUAAUUAAAGGUUGUGAGCUCUAUUCUCAUUGAAAUUUUUAAGCCACAUGUGUGCUUGUGCAAUAAAUAUCACAGUUUGGAUCUAGGCUUUUAAAUUAUUAUAGAUUAUAUACAUUGUUGAGCUGAUAUAAAAAUUUAAUAUAUUAUUAUACCUUUUAAUAUUGUUAAAGAAUUCUAAUUGCAUUCCACAUCUAGAGUGAACGAAUUUGAGAUGACCGUUUUCAGUCUACAUUAUACAAGUUAUUUUUUUUACAAUUGUAGGAUUAUUAGCAGUUGCCAAUGUUUUUUCCUUUAGUCAGUAAAAGUACAAAUAUUUUAAUAUACAAUUCUUGGUAUUUACGUAUUGUAGUGAUCUUAUUUUUUAAUUGAUUCUAUAACUGUAAGCAUAAUUUUUUUCACAUGAACGGCCAUUUAGAUACUUCUCAUCUCAUAAAUUACUCAGUAAUAACAACAAAACAUAUCAUGCCGAAUCCAUUUAGUUUUCAUAGAAAUUGUCAGCAACUCCCGUAUUUUUCUGAAAGGUUAAGUAUAUGUUUAGAAAAUGGCUUACUUUUGUUUUCAAAUUAGAUUUAAGUAUAUCUUAAGUUACACUAUUAAGUUUUUUCGUCAUUUUUUACGUUGAAGGAAAAUGAAAAUUUAUUGUAUUGUAUUGUAAUUUUUUUGUGUGAGAGGUGCAUGAUCCAAAUGCAUAUUUUAAUUAUUCUGAUCCAAAGAUUUCAUUUAUUCAUUAUUAUUAUUUCUCAUUAUACGAAAAUGACAUUUGUGGAGUGUGCAUUGGUAUUUGAUAUUAGGAUUAACAUGAAUUUUUCCGUAGAGUUGGUGCAGCCGAGCAAAUCUCUACUAUAUUCUCUUAAGAAUAUAUUGCUCAAUAAUUUAAUUCUGUUAAAGUAUUUUAACUUAGUAAGUAGUCCACAUGGAUGUUUUUAGUGUGACUGUGGACUUCACGAAAUUAUAUCUAACAGACAAUACCCUCCGUAAAGAUUUGAAGACAUUGUAAAGGUUGAAGUUUAUUAGAUGUAGUUGUUUGCCUUCGGCGCGUGCCGCAAGUGCAUGCAGGGGCCAGCAGCACCCACACACGGAGUACCAGUGGCCGUUCUAUUCUGCUCACACCGCACCCCUCCGAAUCGGUCCUCUUCUCCCCACAUAUCGUAUAACGCAUGUUCGGUAAUCAUCAGCAGUCUAGUAGCGUCUUCAGUAUACCUUGUGUGGUGGUGUUGACUGAACGAGUCUGUUCUUUGUUGCCCCACAGUCAACGAAAAUUGUUAUGUAAUCCAUACAGGAGUCUCUGCUGCAUUGUGCCUAGAUCUUAGAAGUUAAUGGUAUCGAGGUAGAGUUAAUCUCAAUAUUUUGGCUCUUUGAAUAUUCCAUGAUAUUAUUUUGUUUUUCAUGAAAAUGUAUUUACAUUAUAUACAUACAUACACUUAGUAAUAUUAUUGUAUACAUGAAUAUACAUUGCGUGGUUUGUAACUUGAUGUUUAAUUUUAUUGUAAAAUUAAGAUGCCCAACUGGUUAGGUCUGUCCACGAUUCGGAAGCUGUGGAGGAAUUGAGUUUAUUAAUAUUAGAGUCAUGUUAUAAUCCAUCGUAACCGGAUAAUAGUUUCUAUAUUUACUUGUGGACAGAAGUAGAUUUUUUAUUUUAACUAGUUGCACAUCUUACUUUGACCAAAUUCAUUCACCGCUGAAGUUACUUGGGAAUUAGGACAUUGUCUUGUUGCACUCUUUCGAUUGUUUUACGAGUGCAGGUUUUCACGUGACCUUAGCGGUCUCUUAAUAAUUAUAAGUUUAUUAUCGUGAACUGUGGCCAGGAUAACAACAGCACAGAGCAGUGUAACUCAGAGCCUGCCUAAAAUAUAUUUUUGUCAUGAUUUUAUUUAGGUAUAUACAUGUUAUUAUUCACAUAUUACAGUUUUCUCAAUAUUAGCUUGUAUUUUAAUUAAGAAAUAAUCAUAUUUAACAUUGCCAGGUGAUCAGCAACCUGCACUUUAAUAUUUUUGGAAACUAUUGAACUUAAAUUGUACUGACUUUAUAAAUAUAUUUACUUCAAUAAAGAUUUUCCAUGCCACUAACAA